AUGUGGUUUGAUAAAUGGAGUGUGGAAGGUCCUUUAUAUGAGUUUAUCAGUAGAAGAGACCUUUAUGAUGCAAGAUUAGAGGAUACCUUAACUGUUGAUAAAAUGAUUUUGAAUGGAGAAUGGAGCUGGCCUGAUGGGUGGUUGGAUAUUUUUCCCAGACUUGCUAAUAUAGAAGUGCCAAAUAUUCAUUUUGGAAAGGAAGAUAAAGUGAGGUGGCUGACAAAAACUUACCAGAAGGUAGAUUUUUCUACUAGUCAAGCAUGGAGUGAUUUGAGAGAUGAAUGGCCAAGUGUAGAAUGGAGUAAAGUGAUAUGGUUCAAGCAAUUUAACCCAAGAAAUGCAUUUAUUUUGUGGCUGGCAGUUCAUGAUAGAUUACUCACUCAGGAUAAAAUGGCCAUUUGGAAGGAAAAUGCAGACUUCAAAUGUGUGUUCUGUAGUGUUACUGCAGAUAAUCAUGAGCACUUAUUUUUUCAAUGUGCUUAUGUUAAAAGUGUGUGGAGGGAGCUGCAAAGAUAUAUGUUUCAGAUGCAAGGAGGAGACAGGAUGCAGAGUGUUAUCAGUAAUUUGGCAAGAUUUAAAGAUUCUAAGAAUAUUGGAGUUAUUGUGAAUAAACUCAUGGUGGCUGCUGCUGUCUAUUUCAUAUGGCAGGAAAGGAAUGCUAGAGUGUUCAAGAAUCAAAUAAGGAAUAAGGAAGUUUUAUGUCAGAAUAUCAUGGACAGUGUAAGAUGCAAGAUGAUGACUAUCAAGGUUAGGAACACUAGGAAUGUCCAAAGGAUUGCAGAAUUGUGGAACUUGAAUUGGAAGGAAUGUAGAUUGCAGGCUAAGUAG